AUGGGCCUCGUUAUCUGUGCGCCGACGCCUUCAUUUGCAUGUAACAGGUUCUCCUUGACCUCCUUUGGAGCUCUGUAUAUCUCAGACGUUCAGAAGGAGGAUGCCCUCUCCACCUACAGGUGCAUCACCAGACAUAAGUACAGUGGUGAGACACGCCAAAGCAACGGGGCCAGGCUCUCCGUGAUGGACGCAAAUGAGUCCUCUCCCACCAUCCUGGACAGUUUUCAAGCAGGAGAGAUCAAUGCAGGUCAGAGUAUAGAGCUCCCGUGCGCAGCAGGAGGUUACCCCAGCCCCACGGUGCGCUGGCUCAAAGACGGCCGGCCCCUGCCUUCAGACGCUCGCUGGACACGGCGUUUGACUGGACUAACCAUCAGUGAUCUGCGGCUGGAGGACAGUGGCAGCUACGCCUGUGAAGUCACCAACAGCUUUGGCUCAAAAGAGGUGUCCGGACAGCUCCACGUCAUAGACCCACUGCGAGUGACCUUGUCCCCCAAGAACCUGAAAACGGGGAUCAGCAGUACGCUCUUCUUCACCUGCUCCGUGGAGGGGUCCCCAGAAUACUCUAUCAGCUGGUACCGCAACACAGAGCCCAUUGUACCAGACCAGCACAUGUCCAUCCAGGGCCAGCACAACGACACUCUUCAGAUCACUGCGGCUCAGAAGUUACACUCCGGCGCGUACCAAUGCUUCGCCACAAGGAAGGGUCACACCUCUCAAGACUUUUCCAUUAUUUUGCUUGAGGAUGGUACUCCUCGAAUUGUGUCUUCCUUCAGUGAGCGUGUGGUCAACCCUGGAGAGCCCUUCUCCCUCAUGUGUGGGGCAAAAGGUGCGCCGCCGCCCUCUAUCACCUGGACUCUGGACGAUGAGCCUGUCGUCCGGGACUCCACCUACAAGACCAGCCAGUACACUCUGUCAGACGGCCUGACCGUGUCCCACGUGAACGUCAGCAGCCCUCUCAUCCGGGACGGUGGAGUCUAUCGCUGCGUCGCACGCAACUCGGCGGGUAGCGCAGAGUACCAAGCGCGCAUAAACGUAAGAGGUCCACCCCGAAUAAGACCCAUGCGGGACAUCACAGCCGUGGCAGGCAGAAACACCUAUAUUACAUGCCGUGUGAUUGGUUACCCCUAUUAUUCCAUCAAGUGGCUUAAGGACGGCAUGCAGCUGCCUGAUAAUCAUCGCCAAGUGAUAUUUGAGAAUGGCACACUGCGUCUGACAGACGUACAAAAGGGGGCAGAUGAGGGCACCUACUUGUGUAGUGUGCUGAUCCAGCCCCAAGUGUCCAUCAACCAGACUGUUCAUGUCUCUGUCAAAGUGCCACCACUCAUCCAGCCUUUUGACAUCCCCUCUACCUCUGUGGGAAAGCUUAUAUAUAUCGCUUGUGUGGUGUCAUCUGGGGACAUGCCCAUACGCAUAACCUGGCACAAAGAUGGCCAGCUCAUAAUCCCAGGCUCCGCUUCUGGAGUUGCAAUAGAGACCAAAGAAUUUAUGAGCUCAUUACAAAUCUCUAAGGUGACAUUAAAGCACAAUGGAAACUACACCUGCAUAGCGAGCAAUGUUGCUGCCACUGUCAGCUGGGAGAGACAGCUGAUAGUUACUGUUCCACCAAGAUUUGUGGUUCAACCCAACAACCAGGACUGCAUCUAUGGGAAGGCUGGUGUCCUUAACUGCUCUGUCGAGGGGUACCCCCCUCCAAAGGUCAUGUGGAAACAUGCUAAAGGUCUGGGAAACCCACAGCAGUAUCACCCGGUGCCUCUCACUGGCCGAAUUCAAAUCAUGUCCAACGGCUCGCUGCUCAUCCGUCAUGUUCUGGAGGAAGACCGGGGCUACUACCUCUGCCAGGCCUCCAAUGGAGUUGGCUCAGACAUCAGUAAAAGCAUGAUCCUCACUGUUAAAAUUCCUGCCAUGAUCACAAGCCAUCCCAACACCACCAUGGCACGUAAAGGCCAAACAAAAGAACUGAACUGUACAGCACGAGGCGAGCAGCCCAUCAUCAUCCGCUGGGAGAGAGGAGACACUGUCAUUGAUGCUGAGAGGAAUCCUCGCUACUCCAUCACCAUCAACAAGAAGGGGGACGAAGUCAUUUCUACCCUAAAGUUGAAUCCAGCAGAAAGAGGAGAUUCUGUGUUCUUCUCCUGCCAUGCCAUUAAUUCUUAUGGAGAGGGCCGUGGCCUCAUUCAACUCACUGUUCAAGAACCUCCAGAUCCCCCUGAACUCGAGGUCCGUGAGGUCAAAGACAGGAGCAUGAAUCUGCGCUGGAUCCAGAGAUUUGAUGGCAACAGUAUCAUUACAAGCUAUGACAUUGAAUACAAGAACAAAUCAGAUUCCUGGGAUCACAUGUACACAACAAGAAACAUCUCACCCACCAACAACCAGGCCAACAUCGUGGAGCUGCACCCUGCCUGCGUUUACAGUAUUCGCAUGUACUCUUACAACAAGAUCGGUCGCAGUCUUCCAAGCAAGGAGCUCACCAUCAGCACAGAGGAAGCUCCACCUGAUGGACCCCCAGUGGAAGUAAUCCUCCAACCAAUGACGUCACAGAGCAUAAGGGUCACAUGGAAGGCACCAAAAAAGGAGUUACAAAAUGGUGUGAUCCGUGGCUAUCAGAUUGGAUACAGAGAGAAUGGCCCUGGGAGCAAUGGACAGUACAGUAUAGUGGAGAUGAAAGCCACUGGAGACAGUGAAGUGUACACGCUGGACAAUCUGAAGAAGUUUGCCCAGUAUGGGGUUGUUGUUCAGGCCUUCAACCGAGCAGGCACCGGACCCUCCAGCACAGAGAUCAAUGCAACAACCCUUGAAGAUGUGCCCAGUGAACCUCCUCAGAACGUGCGGGCCAUCUCUGUGACGUCGGACGAGGCGGUCAUCACUUGGGCGGAGCCUCCACGGCUGACGCUGCACGGUGUGCUGAAAGGCUACCGUGUUGUGUUCUGGUCCCUCUUCCCUGACGGAGGUGGGUGCUGUGGGGGCCAAGCCCAGUGGCCAAUGCAGAAGUGGGGAGAGAUGCAGAAUAUUACAACGACCCGGGAGCAGGUGGAGCUCAGAGGUCUGGAGAAGUUCACCAACUACAGCGUCCAGGUUCUGGCCUACACACAAGCUGGAGACGGAGUCCGCAGCAAUGUCCUCUACAUCCAAACUCGAGAAGACUUCCCUGGUCCACCAGCUGGCAUCAAGGCUGUCCCGGCUUCACCUAAUAGUGUGGUUGUUUCCUGGAUACCACCUCUUAAACCCAAUGGUGUUAUCCGCAAAUACACCAUCUACUGCUCCAGCCCUGGCUCUGGACAGCCGGCGCCCAGCGAGUACGAGGCCAAUCCUGAGAUGCUCUUCUACCGUAUCACGCACCUCUCCCGCGGUAAACAAUAUCACAUCUGGGCCGCCGCCGUGACAACUGCCGGCCGAGGAAACAUCAGCUCAAAGGUCAUUGUGGAGCCUGCUGGGAAAGUUCCAGCCAAAAUCCUGUCGUUUGGCGGCACUGUGACCACGCCCUGGAUGAAGGAAGUGCGUCUGCCCUGCAGCUCUGUGGGAGAACCAACACCAACGAUUAAAUGGACCAAAGACAGUGACAAUUCUGCCAUCCCAGUGACCGCCGAUAGUCAGAGGCAGAUUUUAUCAAAUGGAACGCUGGUUUUACGCUCAGUCAAAGCAGAGGACUCUGGAUAUUACACCUGCACAGCCACCAACACUCUCGGCUUUGAUACCAUUAUUGUCAACCUCGUAGUACAAGUUCCUCCUGACCAGCCACGCUUGACUGUGUCCACCACCUCCACCUCCUCCAUCACCCUGUCGUGGAUACCAGGGGACAACGGCGGAAGUUCUAUCAGAGGGUUUGUGCUCCAGUACUCAGUGGACAACACAGAGGAGUGGAGAGAUGUCUUCAUCAGCUCGAGUGAGAGGUCCUUCAGACUGGACAACCUCCGCUGUGGAACCUGGUAUAAGGUCAAGCUGGCAGCCAAGAACAGUGUGGGCUCAGGGCGCAUCAGUGAAAUCAUCGAAGCCAAGACACACGGGAGGGAGCCUGUUUUCAACAAAGACCAGCCUCUGCUCACACACAUCAACUCCACUCACGCGGGGCUUAACCUCCAGGGCUGGACCAGCGGCGGAUGUCCCAUUUCUGACCUCAUGCUGGAGUUCAGGCCUAAAGGCACCUGGGCCUGGCAGAGUCUUCGAGCCAACUCCACCACUCAGCUGUUCCUCAACGAGCUGCGAGAGGCCACGUGGUACGAGCUGAAGAUGAAGGCGUGUAACAGUGCAGGCUGCGGAAACCAGAGCUCACAAUUUGCCACCACAGACUAUGACGGCAGUACCAUCCCACCCAUCAAAUCAGCUCGAGGUGAAGGAGACGAUGUGAAGAAACUCUUCUCCAUUGGAUCGCCGGUCAUUCUGGUCACUGUGGGCGUCGCUCUGCUUUUUAUUAUUCGGAAGAAACGAAAAGAGAAGAGACUAAAGCGCCUUAGAGAUGCUAAAAGUCUUGCAGAGAUGCUUAUCAGUAAAAACAAUCGUACCAUAGACACCCCUGUAAAGGGCCCUCCUCAGGGGCCUCGGCUCCACAUAGAUAUCCCUCGGGUUCAACUUCUCAUUGAAGACAAAGAGGGAAUAAAACAGAUUGGAGAAGACAAAGCAGCUGUGCCAGUGAAAGACACUGAGUUCAGUCAGUCAGUGAAUCCACAGAACUUCUGCACUGGGGUCUCCCUGCACCAUCAGGCUCUCAUACAAAACUCAGGACCACUCAUUGACAUGUCCGACAUCCGCCCGGGCACAAACCCAGUGUCCAGGAAAAGUAUCAAGUCUGCUCACAGCUCAAGAAACAGAUAUUCAAGUCAGUGGACUCUGAGUCGCCCGAGCCAGACCCAGUCCACAGCAUCAGCGCGGACCUUGACCUCUGACUGGAGGACUCUGGGCUCUCGUGGCAUCACCGCCACAGAGAGCGACAGCUACAGUGCCAGCCUAUCUCAAGACACCGACAAAGGUCGUAAUAGCAUGGUUUCAACGGAGAGCGCCUCAUCCACAUACGAGGAGCUAGCCCGAGCUUAUGAACAUGCCAAGCUGGAGGAGCACCUGCAGCACGCCAAGUUCACCAUCACAGAGUGCUUCAUAUCUGACAGUUCCUCUGAUCAAAUGACCACAGGCACCAAUGAUCCGGCAGACAGCAUGACAUCUCUAAGCACUCCUUCAGAGCCGGGCAUCUGCCGCUUUACUGCCUCGCCACCCAAACCACAGGACUACGACCGUGGCAAGAAUGUGGCUGUGCCUAUCCCACACCGCGCCAAAAGUGAAUUUUGCAAUCUUCCCCUCUACAUGAAAACAGACCCGUUCUUCCGUAAACAAGGGGAGCUGCACGACCCGUGUCCUGCUGUGCCUCCACGGGAAGCUUCAAUUCGCAGUCUCACACAAAGAGGCUAUCAUACCCAGGGACGCCACAAGACUCUAGACUCCAAACAACUGAGCCACUCGGGGCUAAGUAGCCUGGGUUCAAGCUCAGGCACUUCCACUCUGCCCCAAAGGACCCUGACUAUGCCCAGCUCCAACACAGCGGCCACGGCCUCCACCUCGAGCACGAGUAGUAACCCCAACAACAACUCCAAGGGCGGCUCCAGAGACUCUCUGCUGGAGAGCAGCUCAUCUGCACUGGGAAGGCUGCAGAAACAGAGCGCAGGCGCCUACUCCAAAUCCUAUACACUAGUGUAG